AUGUUAAGGUGCUGGAUAGACGGAGUGGAUACAAAUGAAGCGGCGGCAGCUUGGAACUCAUCAGAAAUAUUAGAAUCUAUACCCCUGACACCAUCUGGCGUUCUUGAUAGCUGUCACAUGUAUAAUGAGGACAAUGUAUCUAUCACUUGCAACAGAUGGGUUUUCGACACCCGGUACAGGACUUCAUCCCGCGCAAUCGAAUGGAAUCUAGUUUGCGAUCAACGAUGGAAGGGCGCUGUAGCUCAAACUGUGUUCAUGUUGGGAGUAUUUACUGGCGCGGUAUUUUUGGGAGGUUUAGCGGAUAAGAUAGGUAGAAAGACAGUUUUCUGCUGGUCAGGCGUAUUACAAUUAAUUUUGGGAGUGGUUGUUUCAUUUAUCCCUGAGUACUGGUCUUUUUUGGUUGGUAUGUUCUUUUAUGCAAUUUUUGGAUCCGCUGGUGCGUAUAUUCCCGCAUUUGUAUUAACAAUGGAAAUUGUUGGCGCAAAAAAGAGAACUGCAUGCGGUGUCGCAUUUCAAUGUGCAUUUGCCCUUGGUAUAAUGUUAGUUGCUGGUUGGGGAGCAAUUAUUGAUAAUAGGUUAAUUUUACAAGUUGUCUAUGGAUUACAUGGUCUUCUUCUUAUACCACAUAUUUGGAUUAUGGACGAGUCACCACGUUGGCUAUGGGCGCAAGGCAGACCCAAAGAAGCGGUCGAUAUUGUUCAAAAAGCUUUAAAUUUCAAUAGAUCAGAUGAAGUUUUGGAUAGAGCACAGCUAGUCUCAAAAGGAAAAGUGGAAUUGUCCAAAGUAAGGGAUGAACCAUCUGCUAGCACAUUAGAUCUGUUUAGAACACCUAAUCUACGAAACAAAACAUUGAAUGUUUGUUUGUGCUGGUUUGCUAACUCAUUGGUAUAUUAUGGGCUCACUCUUAGUAGCGGUAAGCUGGAAGGCAAUCCGUACCUAAUAACAGCGGUUUUUGGCUUAGUAGAGUUCCCGAGUUACGCUGCUGUAAUAUAUUUCCUCGACAUUUGGGGACGCAGAUUGCUUAUUAGUUCAAUGAUGGUAAUUGGUGGUUCGGCGUGUAUAAUUGCGGCAUUUGUUCCUACAGGCACUGUCGUGUCGACUGUCAUUGUCGUAGCAGGCAAGCUUUUUAUAGCCGGAUCUUUCGCAAUAGUAUAUAACUAUUCUGCAGAAUUAUUUCCUACCGUAGUCCGUAAUUCAGCUAUAGGUUUAGGCUCGAUGUGCGCAAGAUUAUCGGGAGCCACGACUCCUUUAAUUACUUUACUGGAUUCCUUUGAUCCUAAGAUCCCUGCAGUAAUUUUUGGUCUCGUAGCUCUUGUAUCAGGAUUUUUAUGCUGUUUUUUGCCAGAAACAAUGAAUCAACCGAUGCCACAGUCUUUGGCGGACGGAGAAAACUUUGGUAAAGGUGACACGUGUUUCAGUUGUUUGGGAAAAAGUGAUGACAAUGACACAUACACUGUAGAUGAUAAAGCAGCAGAAUCAAUGGUCCCUUUAGAGGAUAUUAAUAAAAAAGUA